GCUCUAGAGCAGGCCAGCCAUUACAUACCAGGUGUUUACCACUAAUUACCUCUUAGAAAGAGAAAAACUUAAUGCACAGAUUUAAUUGUAUAUGUACUAAAGAAAAACACAUUUGGAUCACUGAACUCUUCAGAAUGGAAACCACGUCUUCACUGCUUAAGUCAGUGUCCCGGCGUGUAUGGUCAGCCCCACAGAGACCUUUUAGAGUCUGCUCAUGGAACAGAGAAACAAGGAAGGGAGUUACUGCAGGAACACUUGAGGAGCUGAAACAGAGAGCAGCGCAUGCUUUGCUGAUUCCUCUCCUGCUGUCUCUGGUGUGUGAGGAGGAUGGUACUGAGGUGGAUUCAGACGAGUUCUUCAUGGCCCUGCCAGAUAACACAGUUUUCAUGUGCUUGAAGCCUGGGCAGACCUGGAAACCCCAUCCUUUAGGCCUGAGAGGCAGCAGCAACAUCAAGCCAGCUGAUAGCAAACCCCGCAAUGGUCGUGACAUUGCUCAAGUAACCUUUGAUCUUUACCGCCUGAACCCAAAGGAUGUUUUUGGCUCUUUAAAUGUGAAGGCUACAUUCCAGGGGCUUUACUCUGUCAGCGCCGACUUCCAAUGCCUGGGACCCAAAAAAGUGAUCAGAGAGGCCCUUAGAAUGAUCUCCACUGUACUCCAAGCAGCCGGUCACAUGUUGAUCACUUCAGCCACUGUAAUUCGCCGAAUCAUCCAGGGUGCAGACUUACUGGAAGCCCAAGGUGGUCAUCAAAUUCAGAUAGAACAUUGGAAAUGACUUCCUCUGUGAUCAGGAAACAAACUUUUUGUUUUGUUAAAUGCACGUCAUUUGAAAGAUCCCACAAUCAGAAAACUAUUCGAUGCUCUGUAAAUUUCUCAUUAACUAAAUAUGAAUCUUAGUAACCAAAAAUGAUAAAUCUAAUGAAACCUGCAAUUUAUAAUUCAAUCUGUACUGUCAUUUUUGCACAACAAUGUAUUCUGGAUAUGGAUGCAUUUCAGAGAGUUUGACUAAAUCACCCAAUAAGUUUGAAUUAUGAAACCAAGCAGCAUAUUGUUUAUCUUUUGUGCACAUUUAUGGAUGAUUCAACCUGUCAAUUUCAUUGCUGAUAUUUGAGCUAUUCAAGCAAACAGUAAAAUAAGAAGUUAUUCAGUGGCUCUAACUGAGCAAUCUGAGCUAAAAAAAAAGUGUCUGGUGUAUAAUCACUGUAUUAUUUAUAGCAAUUCAAUUUAAUGCAGCAUGAGGAAAAAAACCUUUAGAGAAACUGUUUAAAUGAAAAGCUGUCCUACUUUGAGCCGCGAAUCAGUAAAGAAAAUUGAAGUUGAUUUGUAAACAGGGUAAAUAAAACUGGGUUUAUAAAAACUGAAAACACCUUUAUUUAUACUUUAAAAGUAUUAUUUAUGGAUUAUUUAUUAAGGAAUAAUUAAAAAGGACCAUUCUAGCCAAUUAACAUGUAAAUUAAGGAAGCCUAAAGCAGGGGGUUUUAACCUUUUUGGACAUGGACUUGCGCCCCCAACCCAAACCCCUUGCAACCCCCCACCUCCCCCAUCAACUCUCUCCCAGAAACCAUUGCGAAAGCUCUUGACAAGCUAAAAUAAUAUAAUUAACGUUGUGCGCAUCAUACAUACGACGCAAUUUUGCUAAUUGAAAUAUUGAAAGUUAUAUCCUUGUCAAUGCGAUGGCGGAACCUAUUUUUUGAGCACAUUAAAGAAAUUUAAUUAGUCAUAAAUCGUAAGCGGUACUUGCUUUUAAUGUAGAUGAGAGUAGAAAAUGUUACUUCACAGAGCCAAGUAGAGGCAAAAGUACAUCAAUGAUAAGUUCGCCAGUUCAGGAUACUGUUCAGGAUACUCUGCUUUGACUGACAGAAAACUAAGGUGAGUUAACUUUUAGCUCCACGGGCAGAACGAGUCUGACUUGGCAACCGCUAUGUGGUAAUAGCCAAUUUAAUUAAGCCUCCAACCUGUAAGGAAAGCGAGUCACACAAAAUGUUUUACAGUAGCUGGUGUUUAUUUAAAACCACAGCGAUCAUUAAUAACAAUAAAAACGGAGAGAUGACUGAGGAGAGAAACUCAGAACGUGCACAAGAUUCUGUGAACUGUGCAUACUGUGAACAGAGCAUCUCCCAAUAUACACCUCUCUUAAAAAAACACACACACACACACACGUCCUGUAACAGCCGUCAUUGCUUUUGUCACCGAUUUAUCUUCACUGUUAGUCCUAUUUUUGGAAUUUUCUAUUUUUCCCACUUUUUUCCCCUCAAAUUUUCUCCCCUAAUCUAGUCGUGUCUAAUUACCCUGAUUGCGUCCUCUAUACUGAUUCGACCCUUCACCGCUGACUGAGGACGCCUCUCAACUGACAUACGCAUAGUCAGUACGGAUUGUGCAUUUUUCACCUGCACGAGUCCAGUUCAUACACUGAUGGGCACUGUGUACGGAGGGCCACACCCCCACCAGCGUUAUUCCUCAGCUCUGUGCAGGCGGCAUCGGUCAGCAGGCAGGGGCCGCAGUUGCACCAGUUAUGAGGACCUAUGAUCCGACUUUUUACCCCUAACCCUGAACAACAGCUAAUCGUUGUUCAUGCAGCUGCCCAGCCCAGUCGGAAGGCAGUAUACGAUUCGAUACGAUGUAUUCGAAACCCCAACUCUGGUGAGCUAGCGUACUUUUUAGCGGCUGUUAGUCCUAUUUUUAAGUUUUGCUAGCCAACGGUUCUUUUUUCGGACUGAGCUGGAUAAACGUGCGUUCGUGCGUGGUCAGCGAGACUAAUCAAAUAUGUCUCCUGUGGGUGAAAAAUCAAUUGCUUUAGUUUUAGAAGUAAAAAAAAUCUUGUAAUGUUGCGCAACCCCCGCCCUCCCUGACACACCCCACAGGUUGAAAACCCCUGGUCUAAAGAACUCUUUACAUUUGGAGAAUGUGCAUAAUUUCAGGGUCUUUUUAAGAGAUAAUAAAGUGUGUUUUAGUAAAGUGCAGUUUGUGUGUCAUCCUUCUGUGUGUAACCUUUCCUUAAAUUGUUUUUUCUUUAAUAUUUUCCAUCCGAUUUUGAUACUACAGCUUUGAUUAUCAUUUAAUAUGGACUCUUUGAGAGCACAUUCUGCAAACCAUUAAAUGUAGAAUGUUGGCAUACAUUAAAAUACGUUUCAUGUAUUGUCUGUGUUGUGUGUCAACAUCAUAUCCAUGGAAUAAAAAGAGCCUUUUAAACCUUG